CGGCGCUCGGCCGGGUGAGCGUGAGCCUGGGAGAUGGCAGUGAUGGAGGUGGCCUGCCCAGGCGCUCCUGGCUCGGCGGUCGGGCAGCAGAAGGAGCUCGCCAAAGCCAAGGAGAAGACGCAGGCCGUGGAGAAGAUGCAAAGCUCCGUCAACAAGCUCGAGGCCGUGGAGCAGAGCCCCGUGUUCCGCGGGAAGUGGGAAAUCCUGAACGACGUGAUUACCAAAGGCACAGCCAAGGAAGGCUCCGAGGGAGGGCCGGCCGCCAUCUCCAUCAUUGCCCAGGCUGAAUGUGAGAAUAGCCAAGAGUUCAGCCCCACCUUUUCAGAACGGAUUUUCAUCGCUGGGUCAAAACAGUACAGCCAGUCUGAGAGCCUUGAUCAAAUCCCCAACAAUGUGGCCCACGCAACGGAGGGCAAAAUGGCCCGCGUGUGUUGGAAGGGGAAGCGCCGCGGCAAAGCCCGGAAGAAACGCAAGAAGAAGAGCUCCAAGUCCCUGGCUCAGGCGGGAGUGGCCGUGGCCAGACCCCUCCCCAGGACCCCCGAGCAGGAGAGCUGCACAGUCCCUGUGCAGGAGGACGAGUCCCCGCUUGGCACCCCAUAUAUUAGCAAUGCCCUCCAGUUCACCCAGCCUCUGAAGGAGCCGGGCCUUGGCCAACUCUGUUUUAAGAAACUCGGGGAAGGCCUACGGCCAGCACUGCCUCGAUCGGAACUCCACAAACUGAUCAGCCCCUUGCAAUGUCUAAACCACGUGUGGAAACUCCACCACCCCCAGGAUGCAGGGCCCCUGCCCCAGCCUGCUCACCCCUUCCCCUACGGCAGACUGCCCCAUCCCUUCCCAUUCCACCCCCUCCAGCCCUGGAAACCGCACCCCCUAGAGUCCUUCCUGGGCAAACUGGCCUGUGUAGACAGCCACCAGCCCCUGCCUGGCUCACCCCUGAGCAAACUGGCCCAUGGAGACCGUCAGAAGCCCCUGCCGGGCCCACCCCCGGCGCCCCGCUGCCCACCUUGCGGCACUCAGGACAAGUUCUCCGUGGAGGAGUACCUGGUGCACGCCCUGCAAGGAAGCGUGAGCUCCGGCCAGGCCCACAGCCUGGCCAGCCUGGCCAAGACCUGGUCGGCAAGGGGCUCCAGGCCCCAGAAGCCCAGCCCCAAAACUGAGGACAGCGAGGGAGUCCUGCUUACUGAGAAGCUGAAGCCGGUGGAUUAUGAGUACCGAGAGGAGGUCCACUGGGCCACGCGCCAGCCCUGCCUGGGGAGAGGCUCCUUCGGAGAGGUGCACAGGAUGGAGGACAAGCAGACUGGCUUCCAGUGUGCUGUCAAAAAGGUGCGAGUGGAUAUGUUUCGGGCAGAGGAGUUGAUGUCGUGUGCCGGGCUGACUUCGCCCAGAAUCGUCCCUUUGUAUGGAGCAGUGAAGGAAGGUCCUUGGGUCAACAUCUUCAUGGAACUGCUGGAAGGUGGCUCCCUGGGCCAGCUCAUCAAGCAGAUGGGCUGUCUGCCCGAGGACCGAGCCCUUUACUACCUGGGCCAGGCCCUGGAAGGGCUGGAAUACCUCCACACCCGCAGGAUUCUACACGGCGAUGUCAAAGCUGACAACGUGCUCCUGUCCAAGGAUGGGAGCCGGGCAGCCCUCUGUGACUUUGGCCAUGCUGUGUGCCUGCGACCUGAUGGCCUGGGGAAUUCCUUGCUCACAGGGGACUACAUCCCUGGCACAGAGACCCACAUGGCUCCAGAGGUGGUGAUGGGCAAGCCCUGUGAUGCCAAGGUGGACGUGUGGAGCAGCUGUUGCAUGAUGCUGCAUAUGCUCAACGGCUGCCACCCUUGGACCCAGUACUUCCGAGGGCCGCUGUGCCUCAAGAUUGCCAGUGAGCCCCCGCCUGUGAGGGAGAUCCCGCCCUCCUGCACCCCUCUCACAGCCCAGGCCAUCGAGGAGGGGCUGAGGAAAGAGCCUGUCCAGCGAGCAUCUGCGCUAGAGCUGGGGGGGAAAGUCAACCUGGCGCUGCAGCAAGUGGGCGGUCUGAAGAGCCCUUGGAGGGGAGAGUACAAAGAGCCAAGACAUCUGCCGCAGGCACUCCAAGCCCACCCGCCACCACGCCCAGCCCACCCUCACCCGACCCUUCCAGCCCAGCCGGGGGAGCUCUCACCAGCGGCCCCGGGGCCCCAGCCAGCCGAGGACACCACAGGCGGGGCCCCCAAGCUCCAACCUCCUCUACCUCCAGAUCCCCCAGAGCGAAACAAGUGCCCAAGCCUGAACUGGGGCAAGGAGGAGUCUGGGAUGUGGGAACCCUUGCCUCUGUCCUCCCUGGACCCAGCCCCCGUCAAAAACCCCAGCUCUCCAGAGCGGAAGGCCACCUUCCCGGAGCAGGAACUGCAGCAGCUGGAAAUAGAAUUAUUUCUGAACAGCCUGUCCCAGCCAUUUUCUCUGGAGGAACAGGAGCAAAUUCUCUCGUGCCUCAGCGUCGACAGCCUCUCCCUGUCAGAUGACAGCGAAAAGAACCCGUCCAAGGCCUCUCAGAGCUCGCGGGACACCCUGAGUUCCGGCGUGCACUCGUGGGGCAGCCAGGCCGAGGCUCGCAGCUCCAGCUGGAACAUGGUGCUGGCCCGGGGGCGGCCCACGGACACGCCAAGCUAUUUCAAUGGUGUGAAAGUCCAAAUACAAUCUCUCAAUGGUGAACACCUGCACAUCCGGGAGUUCCACCGGGUCAAGGUGGGAGACAUUGCAACUGGCAUCAGCAGCCAGAUCCCAGCCGCAGCCUUCAGCUUGGUGACCAAGGACGGGCAGCCUGUGCGCUACGACAUGGAGGUGCCAGACUCGGGCAUCGACCUGCAGUGUACCCUGGCCCCAGAUGGCAGCUUCGCCUGGAGUUGGAGGGUCAAGCAUGGCCAGCUGGAGAACAGGCCCUAGCCCAGCCUCCGCCACCGGCUCCACUCAGCCAGAGCAGCCUUCCUUCUCGGGGCUCGAUGCUGCCGCUGAGCCAGGCUCAGGCUGCUCCCAGGGAUCUCAGCGGAGGGACCAGGCAAAGGGGGCGCCAGCAAAAUGCCUCCUAGGGUCUCCCACUUGCGUCCUGCCUGACCCACCAAGAGAACACCCGUGCCCACGUGAGGAGGAGGAGGAAGUCAAGAGGCCUCUUCCCACAGGGAACAGAGAGGGUCUUCUCUGCCCUGGUUCAAACGAGCUGGCCUGGCCCUUUGGGUCAGUGACCCCUUGUCAGGGGAGAGCAGUUUGGGGCCCAGUCGGGGACCGGCCGGUGGGUGAGCCCCUCAGCCUCUACGCAGGAAGGAGGGUGUCAAGUGCCUAAAGACCCAGG